AUGGCGAAGAAGAGCUUCUUUGAGAUGAAGAUCGACACCGCCAGCAGCUACGGCAGCGACUUGCUCGCCUCCGAUUUCAACGAGCUGGCGGCCGCUGCCAAGAAGCUCGCCAUCCACGUCGGCAUGGUCGGCGAAUGGCUGGAGAUGCCGGCGGCGUCGAUUCUGCUCAUAGUGGUGGCUCCCAAUCUGAUCGCUUCCACGCUGAGGAACAAUUUCGUUGGUGUGGCGAUCUGCCUUGUGAUUGCAGGGUACUUGCUGCAAGAACACAUUAGGGCGUCUGGUGGGUUCAGGAACUCGUUCACCAAAGCCAAUGGGAUUUCCAACUCCGUUGGGAUAGUGCUGCUCUUCGUUUAUCCUGCCUGGGCUUUGAUUACUAAUAUCCUCUGAUUCCAUGGAAAGUGGAAAAACCCAAUCCACAAAAAGGGGCAGGAGUUGUUUCUCCUUUUCUACUGUAAUACUUAAUUAAUGGGUAAUAAAAGAUUGUUCAUUUUCUUCAAUUUUUUGUGCAUAUUUUCCCAUACAACCCUAUAAUUAUGAGAGAAAGAAAUCUUGGCGACCGCCAAAGCUAAGAA